UCUAAGACAACAAAUCAAUUAUUUCGAAACUUUUAAACAAAACUUUAGGAAGUACUAAAAGAAAAUAAUCAUUCCAUCCGUUUACCAUCCAUAAAUUAUGAAUAUUAAAUUCAAACAACGCCGUUUCAACCAUUUUUUUUUUAUUUACUUUUUUCUUUCGGCAACGGAAAUCAUGCGCGUCUUCUAGUGGAAAUUAUGGAAAAGCGUGGUAAGGCAUCAGUAACCAGUCGACGUUCGGUUGAUUCAGUUGACAGCUAGCUAGUUGAUUUCUCACAAAAUUCGCGAUAUGAAGUUUUCAAAAUGAAACCAUGGACGGACCAGAGCUGUGUCGGUACAAUAAAUCUUCUGCUGAAGCUCCUCCAAAUUCCCUUCAAGAUACGAUAGAACACGAUAAUUUUAUGUCGAUGAUCGCCCAGAUCGUUUGGAGUAUCGUCUUCAUAUUUAUGAUAAUAACGGCCACGUGCGGGAACUGUAUAGUCAUCUGGAUAAUCGUCGCCCAUCGAAGGAUGAGAACGGUAACCAACUACUUUCUAGUCAACCUCAGCGCCGCCGAUCUCCUUUUGACGACCUUAAAUUGCAUCUUCAACUUCAUUUAUAUGUUACGAAGAAAUUGGACUUUUGGGAAUUGGUAUUGCACUGUAAGUAAUUUCAUUGCUAAUGCGACAGUUGCUGCCAGCGUGUUUACUUUGACAGGAAUUUCAUGUGACAGAUAUUUAGCUAUAGUUUACCCCUUAGAACCACGAAUGUCGAAAACUUCAUCUAUAAUCAUCAUCGCGAUCAUCUGGACAACCAGUAUGUUACUGGCGCUUCCCUGUUUACUUUAUUCGAGAACAGUAGCUCAUGUUACGAAGAAAAAACAUCGAAUUGGUUGCAUACUAGUUUGGCCCGACGAGAAACAUUUCGGCUCAACUUAUGACUUCUGGUACCAAACGACUUUUCUGGUAGUUACGUAUGUAGUACCCAUGGUUUUAAUGUCGAUUUCUUAUACCAUGAUUGGUACGGUACUAUGGGGAUCGGGAUCUAUUGGAGAAAAAACGCAAAGACAAAUGGAUGCUAUUAAAUCAAAAAGAAGGGUGGUGAAGAUGUUUGUAUUAGUUGUAGUUAUAUUCGGAUCUUGUUGGCUACCUUACCACAUCUAUUUUAUCUAUGUUUAUUUCGAUACGAAAAUUUUGUUUAAAAAAUACACUCAGCACGUUUAUCUCGGGUUCUAUUGGUUAGCAAUGUCGAACGCCAUGGUAAAUCCCCUAAUUUAUUAUUGGAUGAAUACAAGAUUUAGGAAUUAUUUCAAAUCGGCUAUUUGCGGUAGUUUGACGUGUAUGUCGUCCGGAAAUCGAUAUGACACGUAUACGUAUUCGAAAUCAGCGAACGAUACGAUCAAAAUUCGACUGACGAAUCCUAAGGAGCAAGAAAACGAUUAUCGUAAAGGGAAUGUCCUGCAGAAUUAUCCUUCGAAGACGAAAUUUGAUAGAGGAGGAGCCGGAAAAAGAUGGUACCGAAGGAGUCGGAAAAAAGUCGAAAACACCAUGUUGUAAAUGGGGAAUUCGAAAAAAAUAUUGUGAUAAAUGUUUAUUGUUGUUAAUAAAGUUUUUUGAGUGUCGAAA